AUGUGGGGACCGGCCCUGAAGGUCUUUACGCUUCCUGGAGAAGCCAAUUUCGGCAAAACGGAUUUUUAUACAGUUAUGGAGCCGAUCCAUUCAUGGGGCCCUACCAGAAGCAUUAUGGUCUCGGACUGUUUGUCAGGUCCCCAGCCCCAGCUUUCCACUGGCGUUCCGCGGCUCACUUCAUAUAGCCACUAUCUGCACCUCCCCAGUCCUUUCGUUCUCAUCACCGGCGCAAACCAGGGCAUUGGGCAAGCCACUGCCAAGAAUCUUGCAUCACAGUACAACUACCACGUUCUAAUCGGCUGUCGCAGAAUCGAAGCUGGCGAGAAAGUCGCCUCUGAGUUGCGUGCCGCCGGCCACAAAGCUACCUCUCUCCAGCUCGACCUCGACUCCGAAGAGUCUAUCAAAGCCGCCGUCGAUAUCAUCGAGAAAGACUAUGGGUACCUGGAUAUCCUGAUGAACAAUGCCGCUGUCCUGCUGGAUCAUGACAACACCCUCUCGCCCUGGGCGCUAUACAGCAGGACAUUCACGCCGAAUGUCAUCGGCACUGCAACAUUGACACACUUGCUGCUGCCCUUGAUUCGGAAGGCAAAGGCAACGCCGCCAACGAUCAUUUUCGUGUCCAGCGGGAUGGGAAGUCUCACAUAUGGAUUCGACAAGAGCGUCCCAUUUCAUCAAGCGGAUAACCGCGCGUACAACUCGAGCAAAGCAGCGGUCAAUUUGCUCGUUGCAAACUACAAGCGCAUUCUCGAACCUAAGGGGGGUAAGGUUAAUGCGGUUUCUCCAGGGCUUGUGGCCACGAAUAUGACGGCGCAUAUGAAUGCGCGGGCGACUGCCGAGGUUGGUGCUGCAAGUAUCGUGCAAUUGUCUGCUGCUGGGAAGGAUGGGGAGUCUGGGACAUUUACGAAUAGGGACGGUGUUGUGCUGUGGUGA